AAGUUGCACUUAGACAUAGCGAAUCCUGGAGGACUAGAGUCUUCCAUCAGCGCUAUAAACAAAUAACUAUAACAAAACUUUUCUUCUUUUUCUCUGUGCUUCACUUCUAAAAACAAAAAUGAAAUCCAUGAUUGUUGUAUGUUUGGCGUUGGCGUGCGGAGCUCAUGCUUCCGGUUGGGCCGGUCCCCCCGCCAACAUCGCUCUCUCCCAAGACGGACGGAAUAUCUUAGAUACACCGGAAGUCGCCCAGGCUCGGGCAGCCCAUCUCUCCGCGUUACAACAGGCAGCACAAAACAACAACAACCCCCAGGACGAUGGCUCAUACGACCCCCGUUGGGACAACGAAGAGUACUGGCAACAAUCUGAGGGAAAAUGGAACGGUGCUCCCGCUAACCAGUGGAACGGUGCUCCAGCCAACCAGUGGAACGGUGCUCAAGCCAACCAGUGGAACGGCGCCCCCUCUCACCAGUGGAACUCCGCACCUGCUGCCCCCGCGUGGAACGCUGGUGCCCCCGCCCCAGUCGCCGAAACACCUGAAGUAGCUCAAGCCCGCGCCGCUCACCUGGCCGCUCUCAACGCUGCCAAGCCCGCACAAAACCAGUGGAACGCCCCCGCUCACAACCAAUGGGACUCUCCAGCUCAAAACCAAUGGAACGCCCCAGCUCAAAACCAAUGGAACGGUGCUCCUUCAUGGCAAGGACCUCCCGCUAACAUCAAGCUGGCCCAGAACGGAGCUGGUAUCUUAGAGACCCCUGAGGUGGCCGCCGCUCGUGCCGCUCACUUAGCUGCCCACGCGCAGGUCGCUCACAACGCUCCCGCCCCUCACCAACAACAACAGCGCUGGUGAAAACCUUCAUCCUUCCUCGGGUAUCAACGCCUCUAGCGCGAUAACUGCGGUCCCGGUGACCCCCAACACUUAACGCCCUGGAGUGAGGUCACGAUGCCUCCAUUCUCCUUCGAUCUCCUCUUCGUUCUUCUUCUAGAAUCUAGAUCUUCAAAGUGCAAGUGCGUCAGCCUAUUCUUUCCUAUGACUUUCAGUUGCUAUUUAUAGAAAUUCUUUUCAACGGACUUAUUGUACAUAAUAUUAUAAAUAAUUGUAUGUAUGCGUAUGUAAUAAAACGAUUUUUCCACGUGGAAACGUUACUCAAAAUC